CAUUAUUUUGUGUUUUUCAUUUCAUUUGUGUUUUUGUAUUGGUAAAGCAAGUAGGUUAAGUUAGGUUCACACUGUUUAUAAUUCCGCAAAACAACGAAAGCUAGUACAGUGUAACAUCUUGAUAAAUUGUUAAGUACGCGUCAAGAGAAUUUACGUCAAAACAUUUAAUAUUUUCAAAAGAUUAUCAAAAAGAUAAACGAACGACAGAAUCAACAUCUUCCAUGUUUUAGUCUGCAUUGUGCCUCUUUAUCCUGCAGCUGGUUUGUGUUUACAGCAUUUGCUCUCAAGGAAAUUAUGUAUUAAAUCGUACAAGUAUUCAUGAUGCUCAAAGUAACAAUGGAUAGCUCUUCAGAUGAAGAUGAUCCAUAUACAAAUAUUGUUGCUCGCUUAAGAGCAAUGAAAAAACAACGUCUUGAGGAAGAACUUCAUCCUACAAAUACUGAACAACAAACAAAUCAUAAAGAAAAUGAUAAUAAUGAAAAACUAAGUGAUAAAGAAAUAUACAAUAAAGACUCAACAAGCGAUGAAACAGAUAGCGAUGGAAUGCAAAUGCGAAGCAGGAUGAUAAGAAAUAGAAGGAAUAAAGAUGACUCUACUACUAGAGUUAUUAGUAGGCGAACAAGGGGAAGGCGUUUGCCUGUCGAUUUUAACGACACAAAAGAUGAUAUAGAAAUCGUAGAAGAGAAAUCUAAAUCAAUUCCCGAAUCCCAUACGGAUGACGUAAUUACAUUAUCAGAUGAUGAUGUGUACAAUGAAGAUGAUAACUAUGAAAUAAAUAUAAAAGUCUGCUGGAGAUCAAACAGAAUUGAUCGUUUAAGUAUACAUAGACAUGACUGUUUCAAAGGGAUUUUCCAAUAUUACGCCAAUUUAGAAAAAGUUCCUGUGAAUGAGAUUCUAAUUAUGAGAAAGGAUAAAAUUGUUAAUCACACUGAUACACCCGCUUCGCUCGGACUUUCUGUUAUAGAUAUACUUGAUGGUGGAAUCGUGAAUCCAGGUAUGAAAACGCUAUCGAAGGAUGAGAGCAAUGAUGAGGACGCAUGUAUCAUUAAAAUUCAAACGGCAAACAAAAAACAAUCUUUGACUAUAUCACUUAAGAAAAAUGAACGAUUUGAGGCGCUAUUCGCUAAUUGUGCCAAGCAACUUAAAGUGAAGGAGAGUAAUCUGAAGCUUUAUUUCGACGGAGAACAGAUCAGUCCGAACGAUACUCCGGAAUCAUUAGAUCUUGAAGGAGAAGCAUGUGUCGAUCUUCGUAUCUCUAUGUAAUGAGAGGAUAGCCAAAUGUAUUGUUUUUUUAUACGUUUUUACUUCUUGUUUUAUUCUAAAUAUGUAAAUAUGUAAUUGUUUAUUACAUUGUGUAUCUCAUAUCAUUGUGUCUCUCUUGUUUGUGUUUAAUAUAAGAGAAUUUAUUAAUUCUAUACUUCUAUACUAUAUUAAUUCUAUACUUUCAAAAAGGCAUUAAUAGCUUAAAGUACAAUGAAUUGUAACAUUCGUAAAAAAACAUUUAAUCUGAAAAAGAAGAAAUGUAAAUUAACUUUUGAAAUCAAAUCGUGUUUAUAGUCGAAUUAUUAAAAAUAAUUUUAAGC